CCCUCCCCCUCAGGGCGGCAGGGAGGGCUCUCCUCGGGCUGCGGGCGGCGGCCCCUCCCCUCAGGCCGGCGUCGGGCGGCCGGGGCGGAAGCUGAUGGGCUGUGACUCGACAGGCGUACGCGGCCAUGGCGGCGGCGGCGGGCAUAGGGCAGCAGUGGGUCCUGGUGGAGAUGGUGCAGGCCUUUUAUGAGGCUCCUGCUUACCAUCUUAUUUUGGAAGGAAUUCUAAUUCUAUGGAUAAUCAGACUUAUUUUCUCCAAAACAUACAAGCUUCAAGAGCGAUCUGAUCUAACACCUAAGGAAAAAGAAGAAUUGAUUGAAGAAUGGCAGCCAGAACCUCUUGUUCCUCCUGUAUCAAAAGAUCACCCAGCUCUCAACUACAACAUUGUUUCAGGUCCUCCUACCCAUAAAAUCAUUGUUAAUGGCAAGGAAUGUAUAAACUUUGCAUCAUUCAAUUUUCUUGGGCUUUUGGAUAAUGAGAAAGUUAAGAGUGCGGCUCAGGCAUCUCUGAAGAAGUAUGGUGUUGGUACUUGUGGACCUAGAGGAUUCUAUGGUACUUUUGAUGUCCACUUAGAAUUAGAAGACCGGCUAGCAAAAUUCAUGAGGACAGAAGAAGCUAUUAUAUACUCAUAUGGAUUUGCAACAAUUGCCAGUGCUAUUCCUGCAUAUUCAAAAAGAGGGGACAUUGUGUUUGUAGAUGAAGCUGCAUGCUUUGCUAUUCAAAAGGGAUUGCAAGCAUCUCGUAGUAACAUCAAAUUAUUUAAACAUAAUGAUAUGACUGACCUUGAACGACUGUUGAAGGAGCAAGAGACUGAAGAUCAAAAGAAUCCACGCAAAGCCCGUGUAACUCGAAGGUUUAUUGUGGUGGAAGGGUUGUAUAUGAAUACAGGAGACGUUUGCCCUCUUCCAGAAUUGAUAAAAUUGAAGUAUAAAUACAAAGUUAGAAUAUUUUUGGAGGAGAGCCUUUCUUUUGGAGUCCUUGGAGAACAUGGGAGAGGAAUCACUGAACACUUUGGAAUAAAUAUUGAUGAUAUAGAUCUCAUUAGUGCAAACAUGGAAAAUUCACUGGCUUCUAUUGGAGGAUUUUGCUGUGGAAGGUCUUUUAUAAUUGACCAUCAGCGAUUGUCUGGUCAAGGCUAUUGCUUUUCUGCAUCCCUGCCUCCUUUGUUAGCAGCUGCUGCUAUUGAGGCUCUGAACAUUAUGGAAGAUAAUCCAGACAUUUUUCAGACUCUUCGGGCUAAAUGUGAGCGAAUUCACAGAGCUUUACAGGGGAUUUCUGGCUUAAGAGUAGUGGGAGAAUCAUUUUCUCCAGCAUUGCACUUACAGUUGGAAGGUAGUUGUGGAUCUCGAGAAAAUGAUGUGAAGCUGCUCAAGAGAAUUGUGGAUUAUUGCAUAAAUAGUGGUAUUGCAUUAACUCAGGCCCGCUAUCUGGAGAAAGAAGAAAAAUGUCUUCCUUCACCCAGUAUCCGAGUAGUGGUAACAGUGGAACAAACGGAGCAAGAACUGGACAGAGCUGCAUCACUUAUUAAGGAAGCUGCACAGUCUGUACUGAAUUAAUCCACAGUUUUGGAUUCCUUUUUCCUCAAAUUAUAAGAAUAAAUGUUUUACACUGUGUAGUAAAUUCCACUUCAGAUACUAAAGUUCAUCCACUACAGACAUUGAAGCCUAACUAAUGAGAUUGUUCCAGGAUGGUAAAAAUACAGUGAUGUAUAGAAUGCUGAAUUUUGGAAAUGGUGAGUGACACAAUGUACUUACAAUUCAAAAUGUACAUUUUAGUAACAUUCCUAAGAAUGGAAUAUCACUGUUGCAUGCAGGUCUUUUUAUACGUUUCAUCUUUAAAAGCCUUAAAUUUAUUUCUUCAACCCCCUAAAUGUUACCACAGAGGGAGAGGGGGAGAGAGAGAGAGAGAGAGAGAGAGAGGGAAAUGAGAUGUGUAUAUGUAUGUAUAUGAUUUCCCCAAUACAUCUAAAAUGUUUAUCUUUCUCUGAACAUUAUCAGUAUGUAGGAAAUUUACUUGCUUUCAGAAUGAAGACAGGUUGUUCCUGAUACUACCAUAAAAGAGGGAACAACACAUUAAGAGAUAAUUGUGUGCUUUAUUGAGUCAUUCAUAGUGGGAACUUCAAUUCUUACUUGUUUAUAUCUCUGUUUAACCAUUUCUGAAAGCAGUUUUUCAGAAUGCCUGGUGAGAUAAUUGUUAUCGAAAUGGUGAAUUCAUAUUUAACAUUGUUUGCUUACUGCAUUUCAUAUAUAAAUAUAUGCAUAUUUGAUUUAUGGGUGAGAUUUUUCUUAUCAACUUAAACUCCUAAACUGAAAGCUCUAAAUUGUGAGAAUGUUGCAGUAUCAUUAUAGUACGUUCAGUCAGGGGUCUUUUGCACUUGUUUUGAAGAGGAGGCAUAAACAACAUGAAGAGGAACCAAAGUUUUGAAAUGGCAACUGAAUACAACAUUAUUCAAACAGCUUGAAGCACUAAAAUGGUGUGUGUUAAGUUAUAGCUCUCAACAGCUGCUAUGUAUUAGAGAGGAACACUCACAGUUAAUAAGGGUUUAGAUGGUACACAUACUACUGAAAUACAGCUCAGUAUGUGCACAUAAAACCCCAACGUAAUUCGUAAUAUUUAGAGUUUUAUGCUCUUGUAAUUUUCAGUAAUCACAGAGGAAACUGGUAAGGAUGGAUGACAGUAAGCCAUAAUUUUUAAUCAAAUAAAAAAGGAAUUUCAGCAUUUUUUUAACAAUGCCUGUUUAAAAAAACUUUGUAUUCUCCGUUAUCUGUAUUCUGAGUUGUUUUGUACUUGUCUUUUUGGUUGCUGCUGCUACAAGGACUACAGUACUAUUUUUGAGAAAGAUCGUUGCUUAAAUAAAACAUUUUAUUCAAAUUUGUACGUAUACCUAGA